AUGGUUCAUCGUUUGGGAUCUUUUGUUUAUGAACUAUUUUCUGUUUGGGGUUCUCGAUAUGGUUAUAAGGGUGUCCAAUUUGUGCUUGACGAGCCCUUGAUCUGCAAUUCUUAUAUGCUUCCCUGUAAUUUGUCUACGACGCCAACUUCACUGCUAAGCAGUUCGUCGAUAAUGGUACUCACACUGAUAGCAGCAGCCCUCCCAGUAGUGAGAUGUUUUUCGCUGAGGCAGCCAGAAUCUACGUCAAGGUGCUCUGUGUUCUUGUCUCAUCAGCAAUCCUCGUCAACGAGAUCAUCCGGUGAAGAUCUGCAAAGGUUGUCUAUAUUGUCCAGUCAAGGUCAAUCCAGCUAUCUACCAUCCCGAGGGACAGUGCAUCAUGGUGAGCAUAAGGAGCAUGUGUCAGACGAGUUCAGUACCCUGGACAGGUUUCCAUCCAGUUCACCCCCGCAGCUUCCUGGGACAGACCUAAAGAAGAUCUUGAUGGAGCUGUUGAUAGCUGCAACUAUAGUUUCAGCACCGUUCAUCCUCUUCUCCGUUUACUAUCUGCUUUCCAAAUAUGUGCAUUCAGGCGGAAGGUGUUACUUGCUGAGCUACCAGUGCUACAAACCUCCAGACGAGCAGAAAAUGAGCACCGCAAACUCCCUGCAGAUUGCCCUCCGGAACAGCAACCUUGUCCUGGAAGACUACCGCUUCCUCCAAAAGGAGAUGGUCAGCUCGGGGAUAGGCGACGAGACUUACUGUCCGAGGAACAUCAUGGAAGGCCGGGAAGCCUCCCCAUCGUUGCAAGAAAGCCUCAAGGAAAUGGACGACAUCGUCUUCGAUACCCUGGACCGGCUCUUCGCCGCGUCAGGAAUCUCCCCUUCCCAGGUCGACAUCCUCGUCACGACAGCAUCACUCUUCGCGCCCUGCCCGUCCAUCUCAUGUCGGAUCGUGAACCGGUACAAGAUGAAGGAAGGGAUCAAGUCCUACAGCCUGUCCGGCAUGGGGUGCAGCUCCAGCCUGGUGGCCGUCGAUCUGGUGCGGCAGCAGUUCAAGCUGCAGCCCAACGCCCUGGCUGUUGUAGUGAGCGCGGAAACUAUCGGGGCUAACUUUUACCGUGGCAGGGACAGGUCGAUGAUGCUGCAGAACGUCACGUAUCGAACCGGAGGCGCGUCCAUCCUGCUCACAAAUUCCCCAGCCUUGAAGCAUAGCGCCAUGUUGGAGCUUACAGCUCUGGUCCGGACCCAUCCGUCCAGCGACGAGUCGUACGAAUGUGCGAUUGAGAUGGAGGACGAGCAGGGCUACCGAGGCUUCCGCGUCCUGCUCCCCAAAGUGGCCAGAGUAGCGAGGCAGUGCUUGGUGGAGAAUUUCAAGGUUCUGCUCCCCAGCGUGCUUCCCCUCUGGGAAAUCAUCCGAUUCGCCGUGCAGCUAUCAACCCCAUUCCGCCUCCUCCGCCGCCGCAGCAGACGCAAGAGGAUCAAUAUGAAGACAGGGAUCGACCAUUUCUGUCUGCAACCGAACACGAGGGCGCUGAUCGACGGGUUCAAAACCAGCUUGGAGCUUGAGGAAGAUGAUUUGGAGCCUUCGAGAAUGACGCUUCAUCGGUUUGGAUUCACGUCCUGCAGCAGUUUAUGGUACGUUUUGGGGUACAUGGAGGCGAAGAAGAGGCUAGGGAGAGGGGAGAGGGUGUUGAUGGUGAGCAUGGGAGCAGGGUAUAUGUGUAUUACUUGUGUUUGGAAGGUGGUCAGGGACGACUUGGGGGAUCCCAACGUGUGGCGAGAUUGCAUUCACGAGUACCCGCAGCAGGCGUCGGUUAAUGAUUUCGCGUUUAAGUUCGGUUGGAUUCAAGAGGAUUGUGUCAACUUUAUUAGAUACGAUGAUUAUGUUCGUGCCCAGUACUCUCGGUACUAA